CCAGCCAACCGGUCUUGCAUUCCUCGGGUCUCCUCUGAAUCGUUACGCUAUCUCUCACCCUAGUCCUCGAUACCACUUCACUCUCUACCGCAGCUACUCAUACGGCAUAUCAACUGCAUGCAUUUGCCAUUUACCCCUAAUCAUGUCUACCUCGUCUCAGCUUGCUAUCCGCCUUCUGCUGCUCUCCUCACAUCUGGCCCGGACUAUCUCCCGAAUUCACAGGAACUAUCCAGACUAACUUACUACGCAUCUAAUCGCUCCGGGAAAAUAACGAAACUCGCUAGCGAACUUGAAAAGCGAGUGAAGACGGAUUGUCGGAAGGCUCAGGCGGGAAACACUCGAUCACGCGCGUCCCUCCUCAUCACCCUCUACAUAUUCAAGGCACUUUCCGCAGAAUGUCGUCGCGACAUUGCGCUUCUAACCAACUCACUCCUGUCCGCCGUCAAUGCGACUCUUUCCACACUGCUGUCGGAUCUAGAAGUAGCAGCAAGAGCAGCGACAGUGUUCACAGCAUGGGCAACUUACACCGACGGCCAUCUCAUUGGCGUAGACAGAGAUGUCACACAAAAUUACAUGUCUUGCCUCCAACACUUCUCCAGCAUGGGACAGCAGAAGUUGGACGACCGUGAGACCAGAAACCGUACGCGGCUUGUGGGCUUAGCAGCUCUCAUUGCUGCUGUCCAUUCCGAGGCUCUAUAUCACACGUCCACCCACUUCAAACUUCAAGUGUCCACCGUCACUCCUGCCCUUCUUAUUCCCCUCCUUGAUGUUGACGUGGAAACGCUGAACCAGGAAGCGUGCUCCAUCAAAGAACAACCAAAAUUCGCUUUCAUGGACGACUUCAGGACCAGACCAGCAUUGGAAAGACGAGCAGCAUCCAUUCACGUGCAUGUCGACGGGGACAAGGGGCCUUCGUCUGGGGACGUCGUGAACGCAUCUCUGCAUGCCAUAUCCUCGUUGUUCGGACAUUCUACCGGCAUGCAGGCUGCAGUCAUCAUGUCUGCCGUCCUUGAUCAUUUCGACGACUCAGGAGGUUGGAGCAAGAUCGAAUAUUGCAGAUGGAUAGCUGCGAAGGCCGCCGAGUGGACGCAAUAUCAGUACCGUUAUGCUGUCCCAACCAGGCUCGUGGAAUGUCUGGUAGAAGGUCAGGAUGCGUCGGAACCAACGGUGCGGCAUAGCACCCUUGCUGCAAUGGUGACGACUGUCUUCACCUCGCCAACUCCGCUGGUCAACCUGUCAACAUCUGACAUGAUAUCGAAUCUCAUCUCUCUCGUAUUCCGGAGGAUCUCCAUCAACUUGACUGAUGGGUUGCUCCCCACACUCGUCGAAUGCAUCGCAUCCUUGGGCACACAUGUCUACUACGCUGAUCAAAUUCAGGACCUUGCUGGAGAGCUCAUCAGCCGUAUAGUCAUGGUCGAGUCGAACGGUUUGCCUGCUGCCAUGAAAGCAGAUGGCGAGAGGAGCCGAUCGCAGGCGCUACGAUGUCUACUCGCGAGUUUGUUAGGUCUUAUGCACGCUGCAGACUUGCACGAGAGUGCACGAGAAGACGCUACUGGUUCACCCACGGAAGUUCAUGUCGCAGGAACAAGCCCCAACCUCCCUUCGACUAGCAAACCUGACCCGCGUGAUGUACACAUCCGUCCCUCCCGACGCACAAAGAUUGCUCCGGAAGUCUGGCACGAUACCCUCAUCCUCCUUUGCGACCGUGACUACGCCGUGCGGGCAGAUUAUGCGACGCCAAAACUGGGCGAUCAUACGGAUGCAGAGGGCUCGAAACGUCGCAGGUCUCUCGCAGAAGGCCCAACGGACCAGGCGCACACCACGACAGCCAUCAUGAGUCGACGCUCUAUGGUCUUGUCCCCGCGCGUCCGCAAGACGUCGUUCAUCGUGCGGGCGAUGGCAAGCGUCCCAAAAAAGCUCUCACACUCAGCACCUCCUGCGGCACACUUUCGGAUUACGGCAACUUGCUCGCUGUACGCGGCCGCCGCGUCGUUUUCACCAGUACUACAACAGUUGGUUGCCCGCACAUGGUCGGUGAUCGGAAGAGUGUGGAAGUGUCCUGAGGUCGUCCAAAGAGCUGAAGAGGCCGUGUCUGACUUACCUCCCUCCGCUCUGCUUCCUUCAAUACACGAAGUACUCCCAGGCACUCUGCCCCCUCCGCAGCAGCCCGUACCGUUCCCCGGCCAAGAGCCAAUGGCUGAUUUGCCUGACCUUGACUCGGAAGCCAUGUGGAGAUCUAUCGCCAACAGUCAAGUCGUGGCCGAGACCACUGGACUUGACAGCGAGGGACUAGGACGUCGUCUAGCAGCAGCAUGGUCUGCAGAAAGCGCUUUCACAGAGUCCGUUGAAGCUAACAGCGCCUAUGAUACCCUUGGUCGCGACGCUCUCUCGCCAUUGAUCAGAGUGGCACCGGCGUUGAUGCACAUUGAGAACAUCUCCCUACAGAGUCUGACCAGAUCGACUCGAGGAGUUGGCGGCACCGUCCAUCUCGACUUGGACCAUACGUCUUCCGUGGCACAUCCCGAGACGCUUCUCAAGCUGACACCAACGAAAUCGCGUGGACAACAGCGGAGCAGACUUGCCGGUCCCGGGGAGGUGCGCGACGUGCUGAACAAAUUAGGCAUUGGCAAGCAGAAUGGUACCUCUCAACUCAAGUCGUCGUUCUCGACAUUCCAAAAGCCCGAACAGCGCGCUCCUCCUCUGACUCCUCCUUACAAGGCCUGAUGUUUCGUCGAAUGCAAGAUCAGAGGACCUUGCCCCAUUCUUCUUGCGUAUCACUGUCCUUCUAGACACUACACUCAAUUCUCAUGGACGUCUCUUCGCAUCAUUGUAAUAUUCAUCGCUGCAUAUCAAUCCGAUAGA